AUGGCUUCCACAUACUCACUACCGUCUGACUAUACCGAAGACAAUCCGUUCACAAAGAAGGAGAUCUCCCUGUUCAUCGUGAUCUACACGUUUUGCGUCGUCAUGCUAAUUGUGAUGUACGAGCACUUGAUGCCGGUCAUCAAUAAUCCAACAUAUCCACAUUAUAAUAAAGUUCCGUCUUUUGAUUUUGUUGCUCCGCAACAGACUCCUGGAUUUUAG